AUGAAUCCAUUACAAGAAGUCUCGAACAACAAGAUGCUUCAAAUCCCCAAGCUUGACUUUCGAGAGAGAUCACCACCAAAGACCUUGGGGUCACCUACGAGACUAUUACAUUCAGCAUCAAGGGUUUCCCCCUUCAAGGGAAGCAAAGCACAUAUGACAGAUAAGGAGAUCUUUGCCACCUCACCAAAGAGACUGGGUUCCAGCUCGGUGAAGAGGAAUCAAGUGACCUUGAGUGAGAUGAGAACCACAUUGGCACCGAGUGUUUCAAUGAGGAAGCAAUUCGAGCAAACACCCUCAAGAAUGAUCUCUGGGAGAAGAAAUGGCAUUCAUUCAGAACAGCCGGCGUCCAGAAUCCAAAGACCAACUAUGAGCUCGCUAAAACGUAUGGUAAAUCCAUCAUCAGUGCCGUUGUCUGGGAAUGCAAACCUUUCAAAGGAAAAUCUUGCUACACCAAAAGAAGAAGAUGAAAGCGUAGACAGUACAGAUAUGAGAACGCUUAUCAACACGAAGAGAAAUGCUGAAAGUGCAAGAUCUGUUUUGAAAUACUUGAAAUCAGAAGAACAGUCACCAAAGAGGAAGAAACAGAGACUGGUCAAUUUUGACUCAAAGAUACAUCUUGUUGAUGAAGCUCCUGACUCUACAAUAUCGUCGCAGAAUCAGACGAUUGAACUCUUACAAAAGAUCUUGGAAAAUCAAAAACUCAUACUAGAGAGACUUUCUGCAUUGGAGAAUAAGUGA